CCCAUAUUGUCAACAUGUCAUCAAGACAGAAUGGAUCGACUUUCGGUCUAACGUCGGGACGAGGAAGGGGAACAUUCAAAAGGAGAGGAGGAAGCAAUACACACAGCGGAGCACCAAGACCAAAAACGCAAGAACAAAAAGCGGCUAUAGCAUCCCUACUUACAGGAACAUCAAAUGAAGCAACCUCCAUAGAAGAUCGAUUCGAAGAAGCCAGACAGCGAGAUGAGAUCGAUGCAAAACUAGGUUUCGAACGGUUAGAGCAAGGUGAAUCAAGAGAAGCAUGGCUGGUCAACAUGCAUCCUACCUUGGUACCCGAUAAUCCAUUAGAAGGUCCAGGUCAUGCUACAGGUAAAAGUGCAGUAGACUUUUACUUCAUUCAAGAUGAUGCAUCGAUGUUCAAGAUCACCGUACAAUUCGCACCCUACAUUCUUUUGGGAUGCAGACCAAACACAGAAGCACAUGUCGAAGAGUGGUUACGUAGGAAAUACGAAGGCCUAAUCACCAAAGUUUCUCGCGUAGUCAAAGAUGAUUUAAAGAUGGCAAAUCAUCUUGUCGGACUUACCCGCACAUUCGUAAAGAUUGAAUUUCACAACGUCCAGGACCUGCUAGCGGUACGAAGAGAAUUGCUUCCACUCGCCUUAAAGGCACAGAAAACCGCAAGUGCAGUAGAAACGUAUGCAGAUGUGCUAGAAGAUGAUGUCGGUGCAAGUGCUGCAAUGGUGAUCGAAAUGGAAGAGGAAUUAUAUGGAGCAUCAAGCAGUCGAUAUAACCAAAGCCGCAAUCAUGCCAAAUCCAAAGCUGCACAAAUGAAUCCGGAAGAUUGCAUCAACGAUAUACGUGAAUAUGACGUUCCAUACUAUCUACGUGUGGCAAUCGAUAAUGACAUCCGAGUAGGACUGUGGUACACUGUUUCGUUCGAUGGAGGUGUGGUUUCCAUGGUGGGCGUUCCUAGUCGUGUCAAGCGUGCUGAACCAACUGUUUUAGCCUUCGAUAUCGAAACGACAAAGUUACCACUCAAAUUUCCUGAUGCAGCAUCAGAUUCGAUCAUGAUGAUUUCAUACAUGAUAGACGGACAAGGUUAUCUGAUCACCAAUCGUGAAAUCGUUAGUGAAGACAUUGAUGAUUUCGAAUAUUCACCAAAGGAAGAAUACGAGGGUCCAUUCAUCAUCUUUAAUGAACCAAACGAGAUGGCGCUCAUUCAACGUUUCUUCUCACAUUUCCGUGAGGCAAAGCCAACCGUUGUUGUAACGUACAACGGUGACUCUUUCGAUUUCCCAUUCGUCGAAACGCGUGCUAAUCACCAUGGCAUCAGCAUGCUGAACGAGAUUGGAUUUGCCAAAGACAACGAAGGUGAAUACAAAAGUCGAUCGACCGCACAUAUGGAUUGUUUCCGUUGGGUGAAACGUGAUUCGUAUCUACCACAAGGAAGUCAAGGCCUGAAAGCAGUCACGGUUGCUAAAUUAGGCUACGAUCCUAUGGAAUUGGAUCCUGAAUUGAUGACACCAUAUGCAGUCGAACAACCACAAACGCUAGCACAAUAUUCCGUUUCCGAUGCCGUCGCAACGUAUUACCUAUACAUGAAGUACGUCCAUCCUUUCAUCUUCAGUUUGUGCAACAUUAUUCCACUCAAUCCGGACGAAGUGUUACGCAAAGGUAGUGGUACUUUGUGUGAAACCCUCUUGAUGGUGCAAGCAUAUCAAGGAAGCAUCAUCAUGCCAAAUCGACACACAGAUCCAGUAGGAAGCACAUAUCAAGGUCAUCUACUCGAAUCAGAAACAUACGUUGGAGGACACGUUGAAGCAUUGGAAGCUGGUGUUUUCCGAAGCGAUAUCAUGACGGAUUUCAAAGUCGACCCUACCGCCUUUGAUGAAUUGAUUGGAGAUCUUGACAGCGCAUUGAAGUUCAGUAUUGAAGUUGAAGGCAAAAUGAAUGUCAAUGAUGUCACCAACUUCGAUGAGGUCAGGGACGAGAUCAAGACGAUGCUGGAACAUCUGCGCGAUAAUCCUAUUUUGCACGUCGAGCCUUUGAUUUACCAUUUGGACGUUGCUGCCAUGUAUCCGAAUAUCAUGUUGUCAAAUCGAUUACAACCUGAUUCGGUAAAGGAUGAAGCAGCUUGCGCCGCUUGUGAUUUCAACAGGCCAGGAAUGAAAUGCGACAAAAAGAUGGAAUGGUCUUGGCGUGGAGAAUAUUUCCCUGCAAAGAAGGAUGAAGUGAAUAUGAUCAGACAUGCUUUAUCCAAAGAAUCUUUCCCGCCUCGUUUUCCUGAUGGACCGCGUAGGACAUAUCACGAUCUUGGUAUAAACGAACAAGAUGCUUUAUUGAAAAAGCGUCUUGGUGACUACAGCCGCAAAGUGUACCGCAAAACACACGAAACACGAACUGUGAAACGUGAAACGGUUAUCUGUCAACGUGAAAAUCCAUUCUACAUUGACACUGUGAGAGAUUUCCGUGAUCGAAGAUAUGAAUACAAAGGACUUCACAAGACAUGGAAAAAGAAUCUCGAUAAAGCACAAGGCGGAGGCUCUCUUGCUGAGGUGAUGGAAGCCAAAAAAAUGAUUGUGCUUUACGAUUCCCUACAAAUGGCACACAAGUGUAUUCUGAAUUCGUUCUAUGGUUAUGUGAUGCGAAAAGGAGCAAGAUGGUACUCUAUGGAAAUGGCUGGAAUCACUUGUUUGACCGGUGCAACGAUCAUUCAAUUGGCCAAAGACUUGGUCGACCGAAUUGGACGUCCUUUGGAACUCGAUACCGAUGGUAUUUGGUGUAUGCUUCCAGGAAACUUUCCCGAGAAUUUCACUUUCAAGACGAAAUCCGGCAAGGGGCUUGGUGUAUCCUAUCCAUGCACUAUGUUGAAUUACCUCGUUCAUCAACGAUUCACGAAUCAUCAAUACCAUGCUCUCAUGGAUGACAAAUCAGGUCGAUAUGAGAUUCGCAGUGAAAAUUCAAUUUUCUUCGAACUUGAUGGACCGUAUCGUGCGAUGAUCUUACCAUCCAGUAAGGAAGAAGAUAAAUUGCUCAAAAAGCGAUAUGCCGUUUUCAACCAUGAUGGUUCCUUGGCCGAAUUGAAAGGGUUUGAAGUCAAACGAAGAGGAGAGUUGCAACUUAUCAAAGAUUUCCAAAAACAAAUCUUUGAGAAAUUCUUACUGGGAAAAACACUUGUCGAAUGUUAUGAUGCCGUUGCUCAAGUGGCCGAUCAGUGGCUUGAUGUGUUGUUCAGCAGAGGUUCAACAUUACACGAUGAAGAACUUGUCGACUUGAUCGCAGAGAACAAGAGCAUGUCCAGAACACUUCAAGAAUAUGGAAGUCAAAAGUCUACCGCAAUCACAACCGCUAAGCGAUUGGCCGAGUUCCUUGGUGCUGAAAUGGUGAAAGAUAAAGGAUUGGCCUGUAAGUUUAUCAUUUCCGAAAAGCCUCACGGUGCACCAGUCACCGAACGUGCUGUUCCGGUUGCCAUCUUUAAUGCUGAGCCAAGCAUCAAGCAGUAUUAUUUGCGAAGGUUCUUACGUGACAGUUCUUUGAACAACUUUGAUCUUCGGUCAAUCUUGGAUUGGAAUUAUUAUAUCGAUCGAUUUGGCAGUGUUAUUCAAAAAUUGAUCACAAUCCCAGCUGCUAUGCAAAAGGUAAAGAAUCCCGUUCCACGUAUCCGACAUCCUGAUUGGUUGUUCAAACGAGUUGCCGCAGGAGAUGACAGACUCAAACAACGUAAGCUGACAGAGAUGUUCAAGCCGGGAUCGGAAAAGCCUGCUUUCAGUCGUCCACCGCCUGAGCUGAUUAUCAAAAAGGCUGCUAACGGUCGUAUUGCUCAAGUUGAAGUAGUUGAGGACAUUCCUAUUCCCGAUAUGAAUGUUGAUUACCCCGGCUGGAUCAAGGGAAUGAAGAGCAAGUGGCGCAAGAUGCGAAAAGAACGCAAAGCAAACAAAGGUCAAGGCCGCCUAACUGGUCGUAAAGAUGGUUCGAUGGUAUCAUCAAUGCUUCACAAGCGAUCUCAAAAUAUGGCAGUAGCUGUUUGGGAUCUGGUACAAGUUUGCCCUACCACUAGACAAGGUGAAUAUCGUUUAUGGAUCUCAGUUGAUAGUCGUUUGCAAAGUUUCAAAGUUCGUAUUCCCCGCGUUUUCUACAUUCAUUUUAAAUCCGUUCCACGUCCUGGCACAUUCAACGAUGCUUAUUUGGUUGAAAAUGUUGUUCGGACAUUACCGCGAGGAAAGCCUUGUCGUCACUUGUACAAGGUCACAGUCUCGGAAGAGUUGUUCCUUGAUGAAGAACCUCACUUUUCAUCUUUGAUCAAUCAUCCAAACGUUGAUGCAGUUUACGAAAUGCAAGUUCCGCUUUAUAUGCGUGCUUUGAUUCAACUUGGAAAUUCAUGCUCACUCAAGACUUCAAGUCGUGCCAAGUUCAGUCGUGCAUUGGAUUUCGGUUUUGAUCUAUCAGACCUUGUCAAAACAUCCCAUCCUUCCAUUCAAAAGCAUACUUAUCUCAAUGAUGGAAAAGAUUUCCGUUGGAUCUACAUGUGGCAUGGAUCAAAAGACGGAAAGCAUGUUAUUGGAUUAUUCUCUCAAGGUGCUCUGCAAGUGCAUAUCAUUGAUCCUGCGGGUAUCCGUCAAUUGCCUGCUUUGGAACCUAUGUACAAAGAACGGGUUGACAGAUGGCGUGGUGGUGGCAGGCUAGAAGGAGGAGUUUUCGAGUAUCACGAUGAUAUGGAGAUGGAAGUCAAAAUUCAUACCAGUGCAAAUCGAGCAUGGAAAACCGUUGCAAAAGAGUUGACCGCGAUCCGCAAAUCCAGUCAAACACCAUCGAUGUUUGCCAUUUGCUCUGCUCGUAGCGCGGACUUCUAUGAAUCCAAGAUGGGAGUAUCGAUAAUGGCCGAAACACCUUACCUAAGCAUUCCAGCCGCUCAUCAGGAUGACGAAUUGCCGGCACUGGGUUGGCAAAUGUACAGUGUAAAGAGAAUGUUGAACUGCUACUUGCGAACUUCUCAUUGGAUUUUACACUGGCUUCGUGUUUCUGCCCAUUUUGACGUUCCACUCUGCAGUAUUCGUGGCGCAGACGUUUCCCUUUUUGCUGCAGAUGUCGAUUUCGCAAGAAGACUUACAAGGAAUGACAUGUUACUCUGGUGGAGUGAAACGGGCAACGAUCCUGAUUUGGGUAACAUUCAAAUUGUUGAUAGCAGUAACGCAAUCAGCAGCAAUGAAGCCUCCAACACUCGAAGCGCCUCAGCUCCUUUGGAAAUUUCCAAGCCUGGUGCCUACAACAAUGUGGUAUUCGAAAUGACUUUGGGUCAUCUUGCCUUGAAUGCGGUCUUGCAAAGCGGGAACAUCAACGAUAUGGAAGGCACGGAAGCAAGCGGAUCGAUGGCGUUCGAUAAUACCUCACAUAAUCUGGACGAAUACGCAAAAGGUCCAGUAAACACCGGCGUCAGUAUGGGAGAUGCAGCAGUGACUUCGCAAGUUUUCUGGACGUUGAAGAGUAUGGUAAAAGCGUGGUAUAUCGACAAAGUUCGAAACAAAGGUGCUUAUUCUCAUGCUUUGGCAGACGGCUUUUGGCGUUGGUUGAGUAGUGAAGUUGGCAAAAGCAGAAGUUGUUUAUACGAACCUGCUUUAGCUUCUUUUGUUCGUGCUUUGAUGAGAAAGACUUUACUCCAACUGCUAGCCGAAUGCAAACGAAUGGGAGCUUCAAUCGUUUUCGCCAAUUUCUCCAAACUUUUCAUUUUGACCAGCAAACCGACAGCAGGCAGUGCUGCAGCGUUUGGACGUUACAUGGUCAGCGCAAUCACAUCAAGAGAUCUGUUCAAACACAUCGAUCUUGAAAUUGUUCAUCACUGGGACUAUCUUUUAUGGAUGGAUUCAGCCAAUUUUGGAGGUGUGAUCUGCAAGGACCCAGAACAAGGGAUCGACGAUCAGGGCGUUGAGGAUAUGCAGAAGCCGUUCCAUGUGGAUAUGAACUGGAACAUUGCAUCCUUCCUUCCACACAUUGCACAACAGAAGUUCAAUCUUGUCAUUGGAGGAUUUAUUCGGAGAUUGUACGACGGUAAACGUAAGGCUUUUGCUUCUCAUUCCGUCGAUAGAACGCCUUUGACUGCGAUCAAGGUCAACGCUCCUCUGACGGGACAAGAUGGAGAUGCAGAGGAAGACGAAGAAGGUAGUGCUGCCGCAACCUUAGCGAAAGAGUUGCUUACCAAAUGGGUAACUCGUAAAAUGUUAAUCCAAACGCAAGAUUUGCGGGAUCAACACGUUAAACUUGUUCAUUCGUUACCGGAAGAUUUCGAAGCUGAAGAAGAAGCCUUUGAAGGCUUAUUUGCGGAAUGGAAGUGGCCCGAGUUACCAGGUGGAAGUUUAUUGAACAGAGCUUCUAACUUCAGUGUAACGGACGAUGCAAUUCCUCCUUCGCCUGCUUUGGAAUUCGUGAAAGCAACAAUGGCGAUUCUCUCCUUGCAAAAAGAAGCCCAAGUUGAAGUUGGAAUCUGCCGAAGAAACGUUCUCAGCUUAUUGGGUAUAGGAGAAUUCAGUCCAGAAGCGGAUUUCACUCAACCAUGUCAAAUUCUCAAACCAACACCAACGAUCAUUUGUACGGCUUGCAAUGAAGAACGUACGCUUGAUUUAUGCAGAGAUGCAGACUUAUUAAAAGCAACGCAAGAUGGACAACAAUGGAGAUGUAUACGUUGUCAAAAUGCGUAUGAUCGAUCGGAUAUUGAAAUUCGAUUAUGCAAAAUUGCACAAGAAUCAAUUCGAUCGUUUGUUUUGCAGGAUUUGCGUUGUUCUCGUUGUCAUACUUUGCGAGAAGGUAAUGUUGGCCCUCAUUGUCCUUGUUCUGGACCUUGGGCUUUGACGCUUUCUAGAAGGGAUGUACGGAAUAAGUUGAACUUGUUACAACGUAUUUCCCAAUUCCAUCGCCUCUCGGUUUUGGAGGAGGCUGUAGAAGAACUUAUCACAUCAUGUUAA